AAUUAAACGCGCACCACUUAUUUAAAACCCUACUUUCUCCUUUUAUUUUGUUCUCUAUAAUUGAGGGAUUUCAGAGGAGUUUCCAUGGCCAAAAACGCGUUCAAGAUGGAGCACCCUCUCGAAAAGAGACAAGCCGAAGCUGCUCGCAUAAGAGAGAAGUAUCCUGACAGAAUACCAGUGGUUGUGGAAAGGGCUGAGAAGAGUGAUGUGCCUGAAAUUGACAAGAAAAAAUACCUGGUGCCUGCUGAUCUGACUAUUGGCCAGUUCGUGUACGUUGUCCGGAAGAGGAUCAAGCUCAGUGCUGAGAAGGCUAUUUUCAUCUUUGUUAAGAAUAUUUUGCCACCCACAGCCGCUACGAUGUCUGCUAUUUAUGAGGAAAAUAAGGAUGAAGAUGGCUUUCUUUACAUGACGUACAGCGGCGAGAACACAUUCGGGACAUUCUGAAGACAGAAGAAUAAAAGAAGUUACAAGUGAUGUAAAUUAUCUUUCAGUCGAGUCGAUGGAUUAUUUAUGUGUGCGUAUGUAGAUCCCAAAAUUUCUGCUUAAGCCUUUUCUUUGCAACUUUGUAAUCUAAUUCAAGUCUUCAACAAAAAAAUUGAAACUAAAUUUGUAGAAUAAAGAUAUCCUACUUGCGUCAAA